AUGUACAAAAAAACCGAAAGUAUGCCCAAAAGAUCAAAAGGUCAACGUUCAACUUCCAAUAAUGCUCCUACCAUCAUAUAUAAUGCAAAUAAUCACAUUCAGAGAUAUCCGUUAUAUGACGUUUCAAAUGCUUCAGUUCUAAACACCAAGUCAGUAGAGGCGGCUCAUAGGCGUAAAUUAAGGAAACAAUAUUUGGAUACCAAAAAAUCAAAUGGUACUGAGCGAGGAUAUCCGUUAGCUAACAUUUCAAACUAUUUGAAUCCCAACACUAUUAAAAUGGAGGCUACUUAUAGACGUAAAUUAAGAAAGUUGUAUUUGGAUAAUAAAAGAAAAAAUACCACAUCAGCGCUUUUGAAAGAUCCAACGAACUCAUCAACUCAAUAUGCAACUCAAUCAUCCAAUAAUCAACGAUACUGUGUUCCUUCUGUGUCUGUACGUGACGUGCUAAUAUCUCCGGUAUCUUGCGUUUCAAAUGCCCCAGUGCUAAGAACGCCGCUCUCUAACAUUACAAAUGUGGCAAUUCCCAGCACUUCAAACAUUGAACCUGCUCAUAUGCGUAAAUUAAGAAAGCUACACUUGGAUAGUAGAAGAUCUAAUACGAUUUCACCAUCAUCAAAUCUAAAUUUGAAUUCGUCACUUAACCUUACAACUCCAUCAUCCGAUAAUAGACAAACUUCUAUUUCUUCAAAUCGAGUCGCAUCCACCAGUGAUUCGACGUUAACAGAAGAUUUUUCUUUACGACGAUUACCAUCACGGAAACGUAAGUCGGUCACCAAUUCACGAAUAACAUCUCCUAUACCAAUGUUUGACUUGACAUUAGAUGGACAAUUUUCUAUUCAAGAAAUUAUUGAAGACCCCUCAAAAGGCAUCUCUAAAGAUUACUUGGAUCACGGUGAUCAAACUGUUACAUGUGAAAUGUGUAACGCAAAAUUAUGGGAACAUGAAGCUUCUAGGAGUCAAGACAUGCAUGGAAAAACAACAUAUUUGCAGUGUUGUGCUUAUGGCAAAGUUGAGCUCCCCCCUUAUAAGGAUGCAAGAGCCAACUAUAAAAGUCUAUUUUUGUCUGCUGAUUCUAAAAGUAAAUACUUUUUGAAGAACAUACGUCGUUUCAACUCAAUGUUCUCUUUUACUUCAAUGGGUGGCAAGGUUGAUAACAAGAUAAAUCGAGGUAACGCACCGUAUGUGUACAGACUAAGUGGUCAAAAUUAUCAUAGCAUGGGAAGUCUUCUACCUGAGGACGGAGACGAACCUAAAUUCUCACAACUAUACAUUUAUGAUACAGAAAAUGAAGUUGAAAAUAGAAAAAAUUUGUUUAGUGGAUCAAACUCUUCGUCGUCAUCAAAUUAUGAUGUUCUUGAUCGUGAAAUUAUAAACCAUCUCAAGUCCAUGUUAGACUCAGACAACGCUUAUGUCAAAUCAUACAGGAUGGUUAGAGAUUGUUUUAAGGAAAAUACUCAUGUUCAGAUUAAACUACGACUUAUUGGGAAAAGAGAUAAAGAUGGUAGGACAUUCAAUCUACCAACUGCUCCUGAAGUUGCUGCCCUGAUUGUUGGUGACAUUGAUAAGGAUUUUGAAAAGAGAGAUAUUAUUGUAGAAACUAAAACAGGACGACUAAAACGUAUAAGUGAACUACAUGCUUCGUACCUUCCUCUUCAAUAUCCGCUUCUUUUUCCGUAUGGUGAUGAUGGUUACAGGGUUGACAUUCUUCAUAGAGAUGUUAUUUCGGUAGAAAAAAGUAAGAGACCAACGUGCACAAUGAGAGAAUUCUUUGCGUAUAGAAUUCAAGACCGUCAAAAUUACUUCUCAUUGAUUUUAAACUCAAGGAGGCUUUUUCAACAAUUCUUGGUUGAUGCAUAUACCAUGAUUGAAAGUGAGAGACUCAACUUCAUACGUUCUCAGCAAAAGGUGCUUAGAGCUGACACAUACGAUAAUCUUUCUAACUUGCAAGAUGUUGAAGAUCCAAAUAUGGCUAAAAAUGGACAACGUGUGAUAUUACCUUCUUCUUUUACUGGUGGUUCUCGGUACAUGACGCAGAACUACUUAGAUGCAAUGUCUCUAUGUAAAUGUUAUGGAUACCCGGACUUUUUCAUAACUAUAACAUGUAAUCCAAAGUGGCCCGAAGUUAGUAGAUUUCUCAAAGACACCACAGUUAACCCUGUAGACAGACCUGAUAUACUAUGUAGACUAUUUAAAAUCAAGCUUGAUGCAAUAAUCAAGGACUUAAAGGAUAAUUCAUUAUUUGGCAAGGUUGAUGCAGUUGUUUAUACAGUGGAAUUUCAAAAGCGUGGUUUGCCUCAUGCUCAUAUAUGUUUAUUCAUGAACCUUAAUGACAAGCUUCAUACGGUUGAGCAUGUUGAUCCAUUUAUAUCUGCUGAAAUUCCAAACAAAGAUGAAGAUCAUGAGUUGUAUUCACUUGUACGCGAGUUCAUGAUUCACGGACCUUGUGGCAGUUAUAAUAUGAACUGUCCAUGCAUGAUCGACAAAAAGUGUUCAAAGAACUUUCCUAAGAAAUUCUCUGAUUACACGUCUCUUGAUGCAAAUGGUUUCCCUUUGUAUAGAAGAAGAGAUUCUGGAAGUUUUAUUGAAAAGUCCGGUGUUAAGUUAGACAAUCGAAGCGUGGUUCCUUACAAUAAAAAACUUUUGAAAAGAUACCAGGCGCAUAUUAAUGUUGAAUGGUGCUGUCAGGCUUCGUCUAUAAAAUAUUUAUUUAAAUAUAUUAACAAAGGUGCUGACAAAGCUACUUUUGCUGUGAUACAUAGUAACAGAUUACAAGAUCAAGAUAAGCCAAAAGAUGAAAUCAAAGAAUAUUAUGAUUGUAGAUAUCUUUCAGCAUGCGAAGCAUCUUGGAGGAUAUUUGCAUAUGACAUCCAUUAUAGGUAUCCUUCUGUUAUGAGGCUUUCGUUCCAUCUUCCUGGUCAGCAACAAGUCAUAUAUGGUGUAGACGAUGAUAUUGAUAUUAUCCUCAAUAAACCAACAGUUGGUUCUUCCAUGUUUUUAUCCUGGAUGGAGUGUAACCAAAAGGAUGUACCAGGAGCACGCAAGCUUACUUAUGUUGAAUUCCCUUCAAAGUUUGUCUGGAAACUUGAAAAAAGAUGUUGGAAACCACGUAUAAAAGGAGUUUCAAUUGGUAGAAUUCAUUCAGUUCCUCCUUCUCUUGGUGAAGCCUAUUUUCUAAGGAUUCUUUUAAACAAAGUUAGGGGGCCGAAAUCAUUUGAAGACAUCAGAACCGUAAAUGGAGAAGUGUUUCCUACGUUUAGAGAUGCAUGUUACGCGCUUGGUCUGCUAGAUGAUGAUGCGGAGUAUAUCGAGGCGAUUAAAGAAGCAAGUUUUGAUGGUUCCGGGGUUUCAGUUCCUGAUGCACGAAUUAAAAACUUGGCCUUAUAUGAAAUUGAGAAAUUCUUGCUUCGUAAUAAUUCCUCCUUACGAAGAUUUACGACUAUGCCUUAUCCUGAUCACGAGGCUUUGUCUUCUAUGAACAACGAAUGGUUUUUGAUGAAAUCAUUACAGCCGUUGACGGCAACACAGGUGGAGUUUUUUUUUGUUUAUGGUUACGGUGGAACUGGUAAGACAUUUCUUUGGAAGACAUUAUCAGCAUCUAUCAGAUCAAAAGGUGAGAUAGUUUUAAAUGUAGCAUCAAGCGGAAUAGCAUCAUUGUUAUUGACCGGAGGUAGGACAGCUCACUCUAGAUUUCUAAUUCCAAUCAAUCUUAACGAGGAUUCUCUUUGUCAUAUAAAACCGGGUGGUGAUGUUGCACAUUUAUUAAAGGAAACAAAGUUGAUUAUAUGGGAUGAGGCGCCAAUGGUUCAUAAACAUGCAUUUGAAGCUUUGGAUAGAACCAUGAAAGACAUUUUUAGUUCGGGUACUUCUAUCAAUGAAGAAAUACCUUUCGGAGGUAAAGUUAUUGUUUUUGGUGGUGAUUUUCGACAAAUUCUUCCUGUUAUCCCCAAUGGUAGUAGACAAGAAAUUGUUAAUGCUUCUUUAAGCUCUUCUUACCUCUGGAGAAAAUGCAAGUUGCUUAAAUUAACAAAGAACAUGAGGCUAACCGUAGGAAGCCAAACAUCUGAUACGGAACAAACAAAAAAUUUUGCUCAUUGGCUUUUGGAUUUGGGUGAGGGAAAAGUUGGUGAUACAAAUGAUGGUGAUGCAUGUAUAGAGAUACCGGAUGAUCUUCUAAUCAAGGACUCAUCUGAUCCUAUCAAAAAAAUCAAUGAUCGCAUGCUUUCAAUGUUUCCUGGCGAAGAAAGAGAAUACCUAAGUUCAGAUAGUAUUUUACAGACCGAACAUAUUAAUGAUCCAUUACAAGAACGCUUAUACUCUCCUGAUGUUCUCAACGGUCUUAAAAUAUCCGGAUUGCCAAACCAUAGGUUAGUUUUGAAGGUCGGUGUUCCUGUAAUGCUGUUAAGAAAUAUUGACCAAAGAAGUGGUUUGUGUAAUGGGACGAGACUACAAAUACUAUCACUUCACAAGCGGGUUAUAGAAGCUAAAAUCAUAUCUGGAGGUAAUAUUGGAACUCGGGCUUUCAUUCCCAGAAUUAGUUUGAUACCUUCGGACAGAAGGAUUCCUUUCAAGUUCCAGAGAAGACAAUUUCCAUUAUCAGUAUGUUUUGCGAUGACUAUUAAUAAAAGCCAGGGACAAUCAUUAUCUCGAAUUGGGUUGUUUCUAAAAGAUCCAGUUUUCACGCAUGGACAAUUGUAUGUGGCGUUAUCAAGAGUUAAAAGCAGAGAUGGAGUUAAAGUGCUUAUAUUAGAUGAAGAUGGUCGUGUCACGAAUAAAACAACAAAUGUGGUAUACAAAGAAGUGUUUAGAGAUUUAUGA